CAUUCUAGUACUUCAGUCUCAUCGAGAAGAUUACCUAAAUGUUGUGUAUCAACUCAGUACAUUACUUAUUAAUUAUUUGUGUAUAAUGUACUGACCAAAACUAAAUUAAUGUCAAAACAAUGAAAUUUCUUCCAAAUUGGUGCCAACUGAGAAACUUUCUGACAUAUUUGUUGAAUUAUAUAUAUUAUAGUUUUAUUAUAAAUUUGUUAUGACGCUGUUCUGGAAUGGCUAUCCUUUUUUAUCGAUCCUUUUAAUACAUUUUAAUAUAAUAAAAUUAUUUUAUUGCAAACAAGUAAGGUAGGCGAAGCAAAUACAAGAAGUAUUAGGAACUGUAUUUAUUAUUAUCAUAUAAUCAUUGAGUUUUAUUAUCGUACAUGCUGUUCUUAUGCAAAUGACAGACUUAUUGGCUCGUGGAAAUGUUCACGAGCAAUAAUUUAUAACAUCUGAGAAUCGUGAUCACAGGUACAAUACGACAAUAAAUUUUGAUAUAUUAUAAAUUUCAUCUGUUGAUAACGCGAAGAAUUUCUCUAGUAUUUACAAUCGAAUGAUUUUACUCUUCUAUGUCGAGAUAUUAUAUUAUUUUAUACGCACAUUUCACAUAUAAUUCGACAUUUCAGACGCAUUGACGUGUUUAUAUUCCAUAAUAUUGAACAAGAGGAACAGAAAAGUAUUUUUAACAAAUUUAAAAUAGAAAUAAAUAAUCGAGGAGGGAAAGAUGUUUUCUUUAUUUUGAUUUUCUCGUGUGAACUAAUCAACAGAAGGUUAUUCUUUCUUUUGUGUUUUAUGUCGGUUUAUGCGGAGUAGUAAGUUACGUAAGCGAUUAGUGAUAGUUUAUGCACAAGAAAUUCACAUAUUUCGACGUAUUUAAACAUUAUAAAGAAAGAACGAUAAAUUUAUAUCGAUAUUAAAAGUUGUACUCUAAGUGAUAUGUACGACUGUAUUCGUAAUUUGCAAGCCAGGUUCCUUCUUACUUGUAUAAUGUAUCCUUUCUUUGUACCAUUCUUACAAAUCCUGAAAUUUCUUUUACAUAUCUUUAAGAAAAUCUUAUAACCUUAUAAAUACAAUUUUGUGUGACGCGUGUGUGUGUGUGUGUGUUAUACGUGUGUUAAAGAGACAAGAGCUAACUUGAUGAGAUCGAUGGGUUUUAUUGGAACAAAAAAGGCAUACAGAUAUCGGUAAAAAUGAGGCUUCAGAGUAAAAGGUUUAGUUACAAACUAUUAAUUCCACGUUAGAUUAAUUGCUAAAGCGUGUACUGCAAAAUUUCGGUGGAACACUAAUGUGUGUAUGUACGUGAUAGUCUCGGCAAUAGCGACGUGCGACUGUUCCUUCCUCUACAUUAUAAAGUUCUAUCUCUUACUGCGCGAAUAUUACUGAUAAAAUGCAACGAAACACGAUACCGUUGGUCGGUUAACGGGUUAAUAUAUAAAAUAAAACCGAUUGUUAAACAACAUCCAGCGUUAGAUGGUAUUAAGAAUCAGAACUGUAUAAAAAAUGCAUACGUUACAAGAGUAAUUCUGUCUAUCGCGUAAUCAUCGACGAAUACACGCUGUCGCGUAUUACGUCUUCUCGACUACCUGAUGCUUCCGAUACUUCGAUAGCUUCUUACGUACAAGAGACAUUAAAAUCGCAAAUGUUUAUUUGUCUUUCUGUGCACGACGCACAGAUGAACACAUCGAGAAGAAAAAUGACAAUGUCGUUGACUAUAGCGAUUAGAAUAACGUUACAUUAUAAUGCUGAUGACGAUGAUGUUAACGAUGGUGACACAACAAUGACGAACAGGUCAUGAGUUCAGUAGCGAACACGAUGAUGACAAUUUAUGUGGGCGAUGUCGUUGAUAGUUGUAACGGCGACGAUAACAGGUGCAUAGAGACGACACAUUUGUUUUCUCUGGGAAAUAUGUAACAUCGUUACUUGUUCAACGUCUCGAUGAAACGUUUGAUUUAUUUUGCGUUUUCUUCCAGCUAUUCCUCAUGGCAUCCUUUGUCGUUUGUAUGGAUUCUCAGUCACGCGAGCCUUGCCAUCGUUCGACCGUUAUCCAAUCAAUAUACGAAUGGAAAAUUCACCUGGCCAAAGUAUUAAUUUAGCACUGUCAAUUCGUGGUCAAGAGGCUUUAAGAGCGGUUGGUCUUGAAGAUGAUGUGAUAAAAUGUCAUUGUAUACGUAUGCGUGGAAGAAUGAUUCAUCAUAAAAAUGGCAAUCUGAAAGAAAUUAUUUAUGAUAGCGUCAAAGGAAAUUGCAUCUACUCCGUUAACAGAAGACGUUUAAAUAUGAUUUUACUGGACGCUGCGGAGAAGUAUCCGGAAGUACAACUCAGUUUCAACAAAAAACUCAUAGACGCCGAUUUGGAAAAGGGGAAGAUGAAAUUAUUAGAUACGAAGACAGGGUUGCUAGAAGAUGCGGAGGCUGAUCUGAUAAUCGGUGCUGAUGGUGCGCACUCGAAGAUACGAGGAAUAAUGGCUAGAAGACCGUUGUUCAACUGCACUCAGACGUAUAUCGAGGAUCUAUAUGUAGAAUUUAAUGUGCCACCUGGAAAAAAUAACAAGUUUGCGAUGAGCGGUAACAGCCUUCAUAUUUGGCCGCGUGAUCAAUUUAUGAUCAUUUCGCUGCCGAAUGUAGAUCGCACGUUCACCAGCAAUUUGUUCAUUUCAUCUUCUAUACUUGAAAGGAUGAAAUCUCACUUCAGCUACUUUGCCACGUAUUUUCCGGAUCUGCUGCAAAUAGUUGGCGAAGAAAAGUUAUUAGACCAAAUAACCAAGCAGAAAGCACAACCGAUGAUAUCGAUAAAGUGUAAACCUUAUCACGUUGGGAAAACUGCUCUUAUAAUUGGCGACGCUGCCCACGCGAUGGUUCCCUUUUAUGCUCAAGGGAUGAAUACUGGUUUCGAGGACGUUUUAUUGCUCGAUGAAUUGAUGGAACGUUAUAACUCGGAUUUUGCCAAGAUUCUGCCAAAAUUUUCAGAAUUACGAUGCGGCGAUGCCCACGCGAUAUGCGAUCUUGCAAUGUACAAUUACAAGGAGAUGAAAUAUCUAGUAGUAAAAAGGACCUUUCUUCUUCGAAAACUUCUAGACAAUAUUUUAUACAGAUUCAUGCCUAAUAUUUGGAUACCGCUUUACAAUAGUGUACAGUUUACCCGUAUGAGUUUCCGCGAUUGCCUAACUAAUAAAGAAUGGCAAGAUAAGAUAAUAAUACGGACCCUUUGGUGUUUCGGAUUCUUGGCUCUUGCUGUUUUAGCUUGCUGCGUUUCGCAAAAUAAUUACGCAUGAACAUGAUCAUGUACUUAUGAUCAAACGAACAUUUUAGUGAAUUCUGAUUUCAUAAUAAUAAAAAACAUGCAUAAUCAUUAAUUCAUGCGAUUAGUUUUGGGAAGCAUUAUUCGUCAGAAGUUCUCAUAUGCAUCUAGUUAUCUUAUAUCUAUUAUAUUAAUUAAUAUUUAAUUAAUUAACUUUUUUAUUGUAUACCGGCAGUAUAAUUCAAUUUAUUAAUACAUUCGUAUUAAUAUUAAUAGAAUAUUUACAUCUAAUAGAAUAUUUACAUCUUAUUAUGGAUGCGUUAAUCAUACUAUAUUCAAUAACAAUUGAAAAAUUGAAAACAUGGAAAUAAUAUGUGGCUAAUAAUAAUUAAUUGGUAACAACAUAAAAAA